CGUGCUGCCCAGGGAGGGGUCCCCAGGUAGGUGGCGUGGCGUGGCGCGGCGCGGCGCGGCGGGCGGGACCGCCUCGGCUACCCGCGCUGCUUGUCCCUGCAGCUCGCUGACGUGCCGCGGCCGUGGCCUGGGCCGGGCCGGCGCGGUGGGGCGGGGCGCUCGCAGCAGCAUGGCAGCGGAGAUGAAGGUGACGGGGCAGAGCCAGGAGCAGUUCCUGCUGCUCGCCAAGUCCUCCCGCGGCGCCGCCCUGGCCAGCCUCAUCCACCAGGUGCUGGACGCGCCCGGCAUCUACGUCUUCGGGGAGCUGCUGGACCUGCCUAACGUGCGGGAGCUGGCUGAGAGUGAGUUCUCCCCCAUCUUCCGUCUGCUCACCGUCUUUGCAUAUGGGACAUAUGCUGAUUACUUGGCUGAAGCGGCCAAUCUCCCUCCUUUGACUGAGGCGCAGAAGAACAAGCUGAGACACCUAUCAGUUGUUACCCUGGCUGCCAAGAUCAAGUGCAUCCCCUAUUCGGUGCUGCUGGAACAGUUGCAGCUGAAGAACGUGCGGCAGCUGGAGGACCUGGUGAUUGAGGCUGUGUACGCAGAUGUCCUCCGUGGGAGCCUGGACCAGCGGAAUCAGCGCCUUGAGGUUGACUACAGCAUCGGGCGGGACAUCCGAAGGGAGGAGCUAAGCACCAUCACCCGCACAUUGCAGGAGUGGUGCCAAGGCUGUGAGGUUGUCCUGUCAGGCAUUGAGGAGCAAGUUAGCCGGGCUAACCAGCACAAAGAGCAGCAGCUGGGCCUAAAACAGCAGAUAGAGAGUGAGGUGGCAAAUUUGAAGAAGACCAUUAAAGUCACAACAGCAGCAGCUGCAGCAGCAACAUCCCAGGAUCCAGAGCAGCAUUUAACAGAGCUCAGGGAGCCAGCUCCUGGCACCAACCAGCGCCAGGCCAGCAAAAAAACUUCUAAGGCCAAAGGACUCCGGGGCAGUGCGAAGAUCUGGUCUAAAUCAAACUAGCUGGAUCCCUGGGAGGGUGAGAAGGAGAGAUUGGGUGGGGGGGAGAAAAAGCAGGUGUCCAGUGUAUGACACUUGUGAUCUCAUCCCCUGUAUCUGUAUGUCCAUUUGGUUCUCCUGCAUGUUUGAUCUUUCCCAUCUUCUAUGCACUUUCCCCUGUCUUAUCCAUCACCUGUACCAAUAUCUGCUAGCCUUCUACAGCUAUCUCUUGUCCUCUAAACUUGUCUGUCCCAUGUGUCAUCAUCCUCCCCACACCCACCCAUUUUUCUCUCUCUCUCUCCCCUCCACCCCCCAUCACUUGACAGGUAAAUUUAAAGAGCCAUAGCACUAACUCCAUUUCAGUCACCUUUAUGCCAACAGAAUAUCAUGGAAGCCUGGAAGGAACCUGCCCUUGCACUCAGCAGCCAUUUUGGUUCUGUGGGAUCCUUGGACAAUUUGCUCCAGACUGCCAUCUUGAUUGUUUGAUCUUUGUUUUGCUGGGUUGGGGUGGAUUUUGUGGGGAUUGUUUUAAAAUAAAAAUAUAUAUAAAUUAUAAAUAAAUAUAUAUAUAAACAAUAAAGAUAGAUCUAUGAACACUC